CUCACUUUCCUUACACGGCCGGUUCAGCUCAGAAUUUCUGUGGUAAUAAGUCAGUGGGGAGAAGGAUGGGUGGAGGGAGUCCUGCGUGUUUUGCGUGUACAAAAGCUUCCAAGGAGGUGUUGCCAUUCCAGGUAACAUUUUUUGGUGAUAACGUCUUGCUGUUAAAGACAAGGCACGUGCAAGAUCUGAGAACUAGAAUAAUUCAGCGUCGCUAAAAAUUUAAGUGUCCUUUCUUCUGAGUACUGUUCUUAAUCUUAAGUCUCUCUAAACAUGCGAGCACAUCAGCGUGAAUGGCGGCGAGGAUGCACCUACUGCACAAUGAGUCGUCUAUUCUUAAGGCGCCGGGGCUUGGGAGUCGAGACACCUGCAUUCCUCACGCCGUCAAUAGCAUACCGUCAGCCAGAGCAGCCUUACCAUGCGUCCGUCCGUUGCCCUCAGUGUGGUGGUAGUGGCGGUGGUGGCGACCGUCAUGAUUCCACAGUGCCAUGCCCAGGAAUGGGAGUCACUAUUGGCUUCCAUAGGUGAAAAAAUAAUCGGCCUCUGGAGGAAUGAGAAGACUGAAUUUAUGGGUCGCAACUGUCAGCUGACCGUCAAGCCAAAGAUCCUCAACUUUGAGCUGUACCACGAAGGCCGCAUGUGGUGCCCAGGUUGGACUCCGAUCGUUGGCGAGGCUUUGACCCGCAGUUUUUCUGGAGUGGCAGGCAAGACAGUCCAGGACUUCGUUAAGCAAGCCCAUGACAAAGGUCUGAUUACAGAGGAGGACGCCAAGGUGUGGUUAGAAGUCUGAGCCAACCAUGCACAUAGUCACACCUUUCCAUGCUCACUGUACAUACGUAGUUCAGUUCCUGGUGGUCGGACGUGAUGACGGUGUUGACUACUUCAGUAACACGUGUACCUUGGGGAGAUAAGGUGACAGAAAUACCCACAUCAUGAGAAGCUUGAAGAGAGAAAAGUCAGCGGGUGUAAACGUGUCUCAAACAGGUUAUGGGAGUCCCGUUUAUAUAUCAGCCUACCUCAGCUGCAAGGAGAUCCGAUCUCACUCUGCUGUGUGUGUGUGUGUCGGCCUUAAACUUUCUUCCUCGUUAUUUCUUACGUCAUUUAUUUGUGCAUUUGCCUGUGCAUCUUUAUUCAUUUGUUGGUAUCUGUAAACAUUUGUCUCUUCUUUA